CGCUCUCCUGCCUGGAAGUGCUGACAGAUCAAGGCAACAAAUUUCAAUUACAAUCCCUAAUUUGUGUCCGCAGAGUGUUUUUUUUCCCCCCGUGUUAGUCCUCUCGGGCGCAUCAGUCGAGGCAGAUCUUGGAGCAACAGGAGGAGGUGGAGGGUUUGGGAGUCAAGAAGUGCAUCAUUGAGCUCGAGGGAGAGACAGAGGGAAGGAAACUUGGCGGCCGCGUUCCUGCUUCCUCGGAUCCCAACGCCAGAGAGAAAGAGGAAACGGCAAAUUUGUUUUUGCCCACAGCUAGGAAAGGGACAGCUUUCGAGAGGCAUCGGGAACUGUGGAGCGUUUGGGGGGUGCAGGAGGGCGAGCGCGUGCGUGCGCCCCAGCCUCGGGUAUAUGAGAGAGGGGCGGGCGGGCUCGGGGCGGCGGGGAUGGCGGAGAAGCGGAGGGGCUCACCGUGCAGCAUGCUAAGCCUCAAGGCGCACGCCUUCUCGGUGGAGGCACUGAUCGGCGCCGAGAAGCAGCAACAGCUUCAAAAGAAGCGGAGAAAGCUGGCCACGGAGGAGGCGGCGGGGGCGGUGGACGACGCAGGCUGCAGCCGUGGCGGAGGCGUGGGCGAGCACGGCUGUUCCGAGGCCGACGAAGACGCGGCUCCCCCGCCGGCCGCAGCCGGGGCGGCGUCCGGGCCGGCGUCCGGGCCGGCGAGGAGCUGCGCGGACGCAGAGCGGGGCUGUGGUUCCCGAGGAGCGGCGGGCAGCUGUGAGGACGGCUUCCUGCAAGGCGCUUCCCCGCUGGCGUCCCCGAGAGGUUCCCCGAAAGGGUCUCCCGUACCUGGCCUGGCACGGCCGGGAACCCCGCUGCCCGCGCCGCAGGCCCCGAGAGUGGAUCUACAAGGAGCGGAGCUCUGGAAGCGCUUUCACGAAAUAGGCACAGAGAUGAUCAUCACCAAAGCCGGCAGGCGCAUGUUUCCAGCAAUGCGAGUGAAGAUCUCCGGAUUAGAUCCUCACCAGCAAUAUUAUAUUGCCAUGGAUAUUGUGCCGGUGGACAACAAAAGAUACAGGUAUGUUUACCACAGCUCUAAAUGGAUGGUGGCAGGAAAUGCUGAUUCCCCUGUGCCACCCAGAGUCUAUAUUCAUCCAGACUCACCGGCCUCUGGGGAGACUUGGAUGCGACAAGUGAUUAGCUUCGACAAGCUGAAGCUUACCAACAAUGAACUGGAUGACCAAGGCCAUAUCAUUCUUCAUUCUAUGCACAAAUACCAACCGCGCGUGCACGUCAUCCGUAAAGACUGCGGGGACGAUCUGUCCCCCAUCAAGCCUGUUCCAUCGGGAGAGGGAGUGAAGGCAUUCUCAUUUCCAGAAACUGUCUUCACAACUGUCACUGCCUAUCAGAAUCAACAGAUUACUCGCCUUAAGAUAGACAGGAAUCCGUUUGCUAAAGGCUUCCGAGACUCUGGGAGGAACAGAAUGGGCUUGGAAGCCCUGGUGGAGUCAUAUGCAUUCUGGAGGCCAUCACUACGGACUCUCACCUUUGAAGAUAUCCCUGGAAUUCCAAAGCAAGGCAACACAAGUUCUUCAGCUCUACUCCAAGGUACUGGGAAUGGUGUUCCUGCUACACACCCUCACCUGCUGUCUGGCUCCUCCUGUUCCUCUCCUGCCUUCCAUCUGGGGCCAAACACCAGCCAGCUGUGUAGUCUGGCUCCAGCUGACUAUUCUGCCUGUGCCCGUUCAGGCCUUGCCCUCAACCGAUACAGCACAUCCUUGGCAGAGACCUACAACAGGCUUACCAACCAGAGCAGUGAGACCUUUGCCCCACCCAGGACUCCUUCCUAUGUGAGCGUGAGCAGCAGCCCUUCUGUGAACAUGUCCAUGGGCGGCACCGAUGGGGACACCUUCAGCUGCCCACAGACCAGCCUAUCCAUGCAGAUUUCAGGAAUGUCCCCUCAACUACAGUACAUCAUGCCGUCGCCGUCCAGCAAUGCCUUUGCCGCUAACCAGACCCACCAGGGUUCCUACAACACUUUCCGAUUGCACAGUCCCUGUGCCUUGUAUGGAUAUAACUUCUCCACAUCCCCCAAACUGGCUGCCAGUCCUGAGAAAAUUGUUUCUUCCCAAGGAAGUUUCUUGGGGUCCUCACCGAGUGGGACCAUGACUGAUCGGCAGAUGUUACCCCCUGUGGAAGGAGUGCACCUGCUUAGCAGUGGGGGCCAGCAGAGUUUCUUUGACUCCAGGACCCUAGGAAGCUUAACUCUGUCAUCUUCUCAAGUGUCUGCACAUAUGGUCUGAUGAAGCCUUUAAGUUAAACGACAUUUGAAUCUAAUGGAUCUUCCUUAUUUUUUUAAAGCAAUAUGGGGAAAAUGUACAUAUAGUAGCAAAGGAAGGCUCACUGAGUGUUUUUGCUUUCUCAUGGCAAGAUUGUAAUUAUGGCAUAGGUAUAUGCUGUAUAUACAUAGCAUGUAGUAUACUGAAGCCUUCUCUCUGCCUUGUUGAUUUAGUUCCACAGAGUAUUGGCAACAUGUACUAUGUUUAUCCAGAGUAAUCAGACUCUAAAAGCAAAAUGGUACACUUGAAAGUUGAUAAGGAUGCUACCAAAGACCUUUCUAAUCCCCACAUGCCAAGUGAUGGCGUUUAUUACAGCAGUUUCAUACAUACCUAACCAAAGAUUUGUAACUUCAUUUAUCAGAAGAGUGCCCUGAGCAGUCUGCAUUCAAGUGUUGAUAGAUAGUAUUUCGAUCUCUAUUAUCCUUGGACUUGAUGUAAGAAUGUUAAGUACAAAAGUCAGUUAAAUCUUAGUAUAUUUCUGAGGUAUCUGUAACAAUAAAGGCUUAGCUUUACAUUCCUUCUUUUUUUGUUUUUAUUCUUUUCUUUUUGUUUGUUUGUUUGUUUGUUUGAGACAGGGUUCUCUGUGUAACAGCUUUGACUGUCCUGGAACUCACUCUGUGUACCAGGUUGGUCUCUAACACACAGUUAUCAGCCUGCCCCUGCCUCCAAAGUGCUGAAAUUAAAGGUGUAUGCCAGCACCACCUGGCCAUUCCUGUUUAUUCUUAUUUACUGAGACCUUGGGUCUUUAAAAAACCAUAGCUUGUGCUGAUGUUUGUUUUCUGAAGGAAGGUGGAGGACAGUCUUGUGAUUUUUUACUUUCCAAUGAACAGAAAAUCUUAUUUCCUGCAAAAAAAAAAAAAAAAAACCUCUGUUAUUUUGAAAUUGUUGCCCAUUUUAUUUACCUUAUCAAGAAGGCCAUUAAAACUGUCCUGCAAACAUUUUAAAAUUCUAAGUUUCACUAUGGGAUGGGUUGGACUGUAUGACAUGAAAAGUUGCAAAAAAAGAAAAUAUGCAUGCCUCUCAGAUUCUUUUUUCCCAAUGAGUAAAUGUUUAUUUAUUUAUUUUCAAUUAGAGGAAUAGUGUCAAGCACUCCUUAGGCCUUUGUGUGGCUUGGUUUCUUAGAUUAUACAUGUUCAUCUUUGAGCUUCUUGACCCCUGGUCUGUGAGUUAGGAAAAGGCAUAUACACCACUCAUUCAUGUCUCAUAACUCCUACAAAUUGAAAUGUUCCCCCUCCCUUGCCUUAUCUCCCUGUCUGAUUCUUUUCCAAAACAGACAGGUCUUGCCGUUAUGGUGCUAGCUCUGCAAGGAAUUUCAGAGGGUUAUCUCCAGCAAUCUGUCUUAUGGUUGCAGUCAAAGGCCAAAGUCCAUUACUAGAAAGGCCUCCUAGGAGGACCAAGGAGGAAGAUAUUCAUUAUGAUAAGUGAGCUAUAAAACUUUUAACCUCAACAACAUUUUAGCUUUGGAAGUCAAGAAACAAAAACAGGAUUGAUUUCUAAAAGUGCCUGAAAUGAGUGCAAGGCUUAGGAGUUCAGAAGAAGGAACUUUGAGAGUAGAUCCUGAGAUAAACAGGAAGGAGUGAGACAGGAAGGAUGGGACAGCUCCUUUCGCUGAGAAGCUAAAGGGGUGUGUCUACCCAGCUGUUCCAUACAUUUCAUGUUUAACAAACGAAGAGAAUGAUUUCCUUUUGUUUAUCCACAGACUUGCUCUAACUUGUCCCCAAUUUGGAUUGAAAGGAGUCUCCAUCCCACUUUCUUUCUUUACUGAACAGGAUCAUUGCUGGAUAUUUAGGGGACUGUUCUGUUUAGACAGAACACAUUCUGGAUUUGCCUCUGUUUAUAGAUGCUGACAAAUUUCCCUGUAGAUUCUGUAAGAAGAUCACCAAAUGAAUAAGAAUUUUAAAAUCUAAGAUUAGUGUAAAGGGACAUUAAGUAUUUGCAAUAGGUUUUAUGCAUGGUAUUAUUAACUCGAGAUUUGGAAACAAGGCUUUGAGAAUGAAUCUAGCCUUGUGCUAUUCUAAUUCCAGGAAGAUAGCUUUCCGUCCUGAGAGAGCAUUGAGUGGAGCAUUUUCCUUUUUGCUGUUGGUAAUUUGAAAUGACAUCAUGAUGAGAGGAGACUUUUUAUUAAUCAUUUUGGUAAAAUCUAGCAAUAUUGUACAAGUGUUCUUUCUUUUAGGUUUUGUUGUAAAUAAUAAUCACCAUCUCAGUCCAAAGACUGUUAACCUUUUAUUGUUGUAUUAAAUGGCAUUCUUGCAUUGAUUAUUAUAAUUAUAUAUCUGUAUUUUAUUAAGAACUGCUUAAGAAAUUAUAUUAAAGUACAUUAUGAAACC